AUGGGUGCCAAAGGUAGCCGUCAACAGCAGGAGGAGCGGCAGCAGGUUACUGAGACGCCGGAGACCUCUCCAAGGGCUGCAUUUGCAUCAAGGAAUUCACGAUCAUUUUCCGGUGGGCGUUUGACUCGGUCCUUCUCAUCAUUGGAUAUCUUGGGAAGGGGAAAGAAUCAGGAAGAGCUCGAGAAUUUCUUGGGCCAAGUCCCACUCUUCAGAUGCUUGCCAAGAUCUAAGCUAACGCUUUUGGCAGAAGCUGGACAAAAAAAGAAAUACGUCACUGGGGCUGUCGUCAUUGUAGAGGGAGAAGAGGGUGAUUGCUUCUACAUCAUCCAGCAUGGCGAAGCAGAGGUGGUUAAAGCAGGGUCCGAAGAGCAAGAGGACGAUGAGGAGCUCCUCGUAGUACUUUCAAAAGGAGACUUUUUCGGAGAACGCGCUCUCUUGACGAAGGACGUGCGAGCUGCAACAGUUCGUGCAGGGUCGCCGCUCUCUCUUAUCGAGAUUUCACGUGAAGUCUUUGAAAGCAUGGGGUUGAGAGAGGAUCUGGAUUUCCGUGGCCGCAAUGCUAUCCGGGUGGAAGGGCACCAAACCGUAAAGACGAAGCCUGCAACCCCAAAAUCCCAGGCUGAUCGAAAAUUCAUUCUGGACGCUCUUGCAGGGAACGAAAACAUUUCUCAAUUCUUGAACGUUUAUUCCAUGCCUCAGUUAUCGAGCCCUGCCUGGAGAGAAGACAUAACUGUGGGUGAAGAGGUCAUUCGCCAAGGCGACUCGACUGCUGACUUCUGCUACAUCAUCCAGAGUGGCGAGUUUGCUGUCAUCAUUGACGGGAAAGUUGUCGGGCAUCUGAGCAAGGGGAACUGCUUUGGCGAGCUGUCGCUACUGUAUUCAGCUCCGCGAACUGCCACGAUAAAGGCAACAAAGAACUCCUCCAUAUGGGUCUUGCCUAGGGGCUGGCUGAAGACCGCAGCACAAGAAUCUGCGGCUCACGCUGCGAAGAAGCGCUUGGUCUUCCUGAACCACGCACCCGUGCUCGACAUGCUUCUGCAAGACGAGAAACGUCUCCUGGCACCGAUGCUCUCCGAGUGCCACAUGAAGCAGAAGGAAGAGAUCGUGGGCUUCGGUGAGGAGGAGGCUUCCUUGUAUAUUAUGACAGAUGGCUCUGCCCGGAUCUUGGAAGAUGACCUAAAUGUCAUAGUGACGGCUGGGUUCUCGCCCAGCGAACUCCAGGUUCACACCUUUUGCGAGAAGGCCUUGUGCGGCCCAGGGCAUGCCAGUCCGCGGAGUGUGAAGAUCACUUCUCCCACGGCCACUUGUUACAAACUGGAUGGUGUUGCAUUUGCAGCCACUUUUGGGUCAUACUUGGACAUCGUCAAUCAGAGCAAGAGGGGAUUCGACUUCAUUGGCCUAGAAAGCCAAACGCGGGGGCACUCCGUGGACACUUCCACAUUGCUUUCGCUUCGCAAGAAGGAUCUGAGAAAGAUCGCAGCCCUUCGCAAUGGACAAUUCGGCGGCCUGGAGCUCUGGCAACAAACACGCACAGGCGAGCCCUACAUGGUGAAGUCGGUGUCCAAGGGAUACGUUGUCGAACAGGCUUUGCAAGAAAGAGUCUUGCAGGAGCGAGAUACGAUGCUUCUUUUCGACCAUCCCUUCAUCAUCAAGCUGUUGCAAACCUUCUCUGGUGAACAGAACGUGUACUUUCUUAUGGAGACAGCCUUGGGGGGUGAUCUGCACAGUGUUUACCUGACGAACGCGCUGCACGGAUCCAACCGCCAUGCGCAGUUUUAUGCUGCUGGUAUCUUGUUGGCCUUAGAACAUAUCCACAGCCGGAAGGUUGCCUACCGAGACUUAAAACCGGAGAAUGUUUUCCUGUCUGCAAACGGCUUCGUCAAGCUGGUGAAUUUCGGCUUGGCAAAAGUGGUGAACGGCAGGACAUACACAAUCGUCGGCACGCCAGAAUAUCUGGCACCAGAAAUCAUCGGCGCCUUCGGGCACAAUCAUGCGGUGGACUGGUGGGCGUUCGGCAUCUUUAUUUUCGAGUGCUUGUCUGGCAAGACUCCUUUCGAGGAUACCAAUCCGAUGCAAACGUUCGGAAAGGCGAUGGCCGGCAUCGAAAAGAUACCAAGCUUUCCCUCAAAGGUGAACCCGGCAGCCGAGCGAUUCAUCCGGGCUCUUCUGAAGAGAGAGCCUGGUCGACGGCUGCCCAUGAAAGGUGUGGCAAACGUUAAGCAGGCGGACUGGUUCGUCGGCUUUGACUGGAGAGCCAUAGCCUAUCAGCCAAUGCCCUCCCUCCACAAGGACUUUGCCCACAACGGUGCCUACGUGAUCGGCGAGAUUGUGUCACCGGCAGGAAGAGAAGCUGGCAAUCCUUGCCCUACGCUUGGCACGAUGGCCCUCAACAAGCAGGCCAUGGACACGGAGUCUCCGGCCCGUAAGAGGGGGGUUCCCUCCGAGGAAGGCCUCAGCCUCGAAUCCAUCAGAGAAGUCCUUCGCACGGAGAUCCAAGGUGCGGUAGGAGGAGUCACAGACAGAGUUGCAGCCCUCGAACGCAGCCUCCAAAGCCACAACGAGAGGACAUUCCAAGCGGUGGAGACCCUUUCCACCGGUCAGGCUGAACAAGGACUUCGGCUACAGCAGCUCAUGAGCGACUCACAAGCAAUGGCGACGCGCAUCAACAACUUGGAAGGCACAGUGAAGGCGAUCCAAUCAUCGGGGAGCACCCCGUCAACUAUGGAUUCAGGGCGAGUCCCCGCCCUGGUGAUGGGGGGAUGGCCCCCCGACACCCUGGCUGCAGAUGUCCUGGCCAAGGCGAAUGAGAUGGCACGUGACUUACAGCUGCAGAUCAACAUGGCAGACGCCUUUGUCCCAGGAGACACCAAGAUCUCCUCUGGGACGUCCGCCGGACCCCCGGGCUCCAGUGGGGCCGGAUGUGGCUGGAUUGACCUGCCACGCAUCGCAGAGCUCAUUGGGGUGGACCCCCAACAACUGGCCAGGAUUGACUACGUUGCGAGCAGAAACUUAGCAAUCUAUGAGGCGACAGUUGGCGCCUAUCGCGAUCGAGCACGAUCCGAUCAUGAACCGAUUCUGGCAGCCGCACUUGUGCCGACGCCGCCAGGCCCCAAAGGUAAGGUCAUUUGGUGUGCCAGGCAGCUUAAAGCCGACUGCCAUGAGGUGCUCGCUUCAUCAGAACCCAUGCAUGCUGAUGACCACCAUGCAAUUGCAGCCGUCGCACAGCUGAUUAGUGAGCCAGUCCACCGGUCCAUGAAGUUCCAAGAGUCCAAGGCCCUCAAGCAACUUCGCAAAACGGCAAAGGGGGCGCCCCCUGGCCCAAUCGCGCGCAGUGCAUGGAAACAAGUGAGCAAGGCGCUCCAACGGGAACGGAAAGAAUGGCAACGCAAGCUCGCAGACCAAGCAGGUUCCAUGAAUUGGAACUCGUAUCGAGCCAUUAAGACCAAAUCGUCUCGCACCAAUUGGGCAGAACACCUGCUCGACAACGAGACCUGGGAGGAUGACCUCCGCAAGCAUAUGACCUCGAUUUUCGCCAAACGUUCGGCAGACACCACCAAACAAGCCAUGCAACAGAUGCGGGACGAAUGCGCCCGUAUGUGCAAACACCAGCCGUGGCCCCCCUUUCGCGAAUCAGAGAUGCGAAUCACUAUGUCCAAGUGGAAACGGCAUAAGGCCACUGGCACAGAUGGCGUAGCCUUAGAAGCGUUGCAGCUCCUUUUCGAAGACUCCCGAUGGAGACCACGCAUUGCGGAGCUUCUCAACGACAGUCUCUACAGGGGGGAUUUGCCCCCCUGGGUCACCGAAGGCGCGUCAGUUCUACUGCCCAAAACGGCGGUCCCGCAAGGUUGGUCGGAUACCAGGCCAAUCACCCUCUCUAGCGCGGUCCUCAAGUGGAUAGCGCAGCUGCUGUUGUUGCGGGGUACACCCGCCCUCCUUGAGUGUUGCCAGCACCAAUGGGCAAGUAGGCAUAAACAAGGCGUGGAGCUUAUUCUUGCAAUGCGCAAACUAGCGCGCGUGUCUCACGAAUGGCGCACGCCAUUCUAUGUGGUUAAAAUAGAUAUUGCUAAGGCCUUCGACUCGAUUGCACAAGAAAAACUUGGCGACCUUGUGAUGCGCAAGAUAGCCCAUCGGGGCGAAAUGCCUUGGGAAGCACGCCUGUGGCUCCGACUACUAGAAGCGCGUGAGCUGAACUUCUACGUUCAGAAACAUAAGGUCUCAGUUGAACAAACCAACGGGGUGCGACAGGGCAGCCCCGACAGCCCAGUCUUGUUUGCCGCGGCCAUAGGGGAGACCCUAGAUGCAGUGUUAAGCCAGGUCCACGGGGGGAAACCCCCUCAUGUAGGCAGACAUGGUGCUCUAGAGCCACCGCCACACUCUGGAGCAGCCUUCAUGGAUGACACAUAUGUUUGGGGGGAAUCCCCAGAAUACGUUCAAGAGGUCCUGACCGCACUAGAAAAGGCAUUUCUUGAGCUAGGCCUGCGCAUCAAUGCCAAGAAGACGCACGUCGUCUCCACCAUCCCCGACGACCCCUUCCGCUUCUCGAUAGGAGGAGUUCAGGUCGCCCCCGAUGGACCACAUAGCAUCCUCACCAUUCUGGGCGCGCCAGUCACGCUGUCCGGUGCCAUUGCACCGCUAGUGGCCGAGAUGCAGAGCAGGGCCCGCUGUGCGUUCCAUGCUAACCGUAAGCUGCUUUGCUCGCGGGCGCCCGUGGCCGACCGCCUCAAAAUGCACCAGACUCUCGUGCGUAGCGCUGCGCUCUGGGGGUGCCCGGCCUGGCCCCCGCAAGCCGCUCUGCUCCAAGCAGCCAACACCACACAACUCUUGCAGGUGGUCCACCCAUUCGCUACAGAUGCAGUGGCAGCUUUGGGGGCACAUCGGCCGAGCGACUUUUGCCCCAACCUUUCAUAUCCUCCGUUGGAGAGACCUUACUUGGUGGAAGGCAGCCAGUGGUGGAUUGCAGCAAACGACCGGCCUCAAUGGCAGCACAUGUGCAAACUCUUCAUUGCGGGCCCCAGCCCAAGCCCAAAGGUCGUGAUCGUUGAUUCCAGCGAAGACAGAUCCUGGAAGCACCCUCCAUGCCAGAACCAGCCCGACCGCAAGACAAGCCACAACAAAGAAGUCGGCAGGGAGCUCCCCAGAACCCUGGCUCGUCAGCUACGUCAUCGGCGACCUUCCCGGGACUACAACAACAGCGAGCCCAAGGCAGGCCACAAUCCCAACCACAUGGACAACCUCGAGCACAUGGAGUCCAGUACGUGCAGCAGCCUCCGACCUACGGGCAAACAGCAGGACAGAUGCCAAGGGGUGGUGCCCCUCUGCAACAGCUACAAGCUCCUGGACAAACCGCGGCCCAAGCAGGACAACAUCAAUAUCCCACCUACAGAAUCGGCUAUGCCCCGACAUACGACCCGGCAGCGGACCCAUGGCACGAAGACGGCACCUUCGACGGCGUCUCGCCCGAAAUGGGAGCCCUCCUGGCCAGCAGACAUCAACUACCACAGCAUUCAGCCCAGGAUGACCUGGACCAACCGCAUCCCGGCCUUCCAGCCCAUCAUCCUCAACAACAACCUCCACAAUGGCAACAUGGAGCCUACAGCGCUCAGGGCACGACCGCCGGGCUUCAAUUUCCAGGUCCUCUACUACCUCCUGAGCAGUGGAGCCACAAUGCCCUGGGACUCGGAGGUCGCAGACAGGGGAGGCAAGGCCUCCACAUGCGACAACGAGCCCGACGAGCCCAGCUGUGCAACCGCGUUACCAGGCGAAGGAGAAGACGCUGCUCCUGAAGAUGCCUUGCUGUAUGCAUCCGGACCCUCCCAAGACGCAGAACCUCAGCAAGCUGGCCAUGAGUUCCACAACAACGCUGCCACGGCCCCGGGGAACGCCCUGGCGGAGGAUGAAGAGGACCUGGUGGAGGUUCAAGACGACCCAGACUGGGACAGCGACUCGGCCGACAGUGAGGAGGAUGAUGAUGCACCAGAACAAGCAACCACCCAGAGUGGGGAGCAACCCCCCAGGAGGAAGUCGGGCCACGGCUCUCAGCGCGUGACCAACAAAGCCAGAAAAUCAGACGUCAAGAAAAGAUGGCGAGAACUAGACUGGGGCAAAAAGCCGAAAUGGUUGAGCUGGCGAAAGGCCCUAGACUAUAUCCUCAGGGGAGAACAACCCCCGGCGAAAGAGCCGCUCCCGCCGACGCCAUCACCCCAACGCGAACAACUCAAUGCACGACUAUCAGCUCACCUCUACCACUACGACGCCCAGGGGAAGAUAGCACAGGAGCAGGUGCAGGCAGAGCUACUCAACAGAGUUCCACCUCAGCGCCUCCACGAGAUGCUCCUCUGGAUCCACGCCGACCCGAACAUCACCAAGGUAUGGAGGAAACUCACCGACAGCACUACGGUCCAACUUAGAGGCGAUGGAGUCCACAACUAUCCCAUCCGGGUGGUGGACAACAGGCCAGAACACCGUCGCAACAACGAACCGCUGCCGCGGGGCCUUGACCGCAUCAACGACCAGGACAACCACCUCCACAACGUCGAGGGUGACCAACUCGUGGUGCAGCCAAGACACCUGACGCAAGCAAGUUCGAGCUCGUCGUCGUCCAGCCGGCCAGUCCCUCCAGAUCCGCAACCUGGCGAUACCAUGCAAACAGCGGGGCCACCCCUCUAUGGUACAAGUGAUCUUGACCAACAAGCAGCGGAGGCUAUUCAAUCGGGGCGUGCCCCCCCGUGGACGGUGGAAGGCCAAGGCCCAAGCAUGCGAAGCAGCGUGCGAGUGGAUGCCAACAGCCACGACCUAUCCUGGGUGCAGGGGGUGACCCCUCGUACACUACCACCACCGAUGCCUUUGCACCCCAACACAGUCCUCAGCAUGCGAAGCACAGCCACUGGGGCGUGGCGAGGAGCAACCUGGUCUCCUCCGUCUGGUUCGGUGAUACAACACCCACCGAGGCAGCAAGUGGAGCCUACCAUAGUCGUGUACAAGACCCUCCCGAGCCACUCCGACGGGGAGGUCCUCCCCGACUCGAUGCACAUGACUAUCCACCCCGCCGGCGAGUGGAUCGCAACAACUCGCUUUGAGCUAGGGUUCGCUCGCACACCGAGAUUCUGGCUAGUGGUCAUCGAUCAUGCUCCGCCCCCGGUACCACACCGCAUUCCACUCCGCUCUGGGCAGAGUUUCUGGCUCGAAUGGCGUGGAGUGGAAAGAACUUGGCAGCGCAGACCCAGAUUCGACAACGACGUCCAGGCCCUUGGAGGUUUUUCCACAAUCCCGGAGGACAAGGCACCAAGGCCGCCGACGCCCCCACAAAGACGAGAUCCUCCAGAUGUACCUCGAAGCCGACCCAGUCAUGCAUCGGGGUUCAACCCGCAGCGCUUCGUGGACACCCGGCCACUGCGGGGGAGGCUUAUUCCACAACCACAUGACAAUGCGCAGCCGACUACAGAAGCUACCAGCUCUUCGAGACCUAUGGCAAGUACAGAGAGCCCAAGCAACCAAGGAAGCAGGCCGCAAGCGAGGCAGAGAGAGCGCAAACCCACGGCCAAAGCAAGACCGCCACAACCGCCGCCUUCCUCGGGGUCGGACACCGAAACCAGCUGGCCUAGUGAGGACCCGGCCCCUCCGGAGGGUGACGCUACCGGGCUGACACAAAUGAGCUCCACGGCGCCUACUGCAUCCACCCAACUGGACGACAUCGUCGUGUUCAUGCAGAGACAGCGACCGCAGUUCACGGCGGAAGCCAGCGACCCAGCCCGGGGAUCCAGUUUGGACGAACCGCGCCCACCGCAAGCACUACAAGCCGAGCCACCACAACCACCAGCGGAGCCGGAGAACCAGUGGUUUUCCGUGGCAGCUAACUUCGACGGCGAGUACACGGUCAGUGGCCUCCUCCGCCUCUUGCACAGGGUCCUGCAUGAAAUCCUGCAGCAGUCCUUUACGCACUCCAACGAAUACUUGACCAACCUGGCCUAUCAUGCCUGCUACUACCUCUCGAAGAUGCAGAGCACCAAUGACAGACAGAUGCAAGAACCACCAUCGGGGGAUCACCCCGUUCAUGCCGAUGCACCCGGCCCCACGGCGAUGGUCUUCUGCAUCACUAAUACCUUCGUCGAAGCGGAAGCCACACUAGAUGGCUUGGUGCAAAAUCAUCGUGAACUCCCUCGGCGACACUUGCAAAAAGAACUCCGGCGAGCAGAAGACCUACUACGUGAUGGCAGGGCAAUCUUUAAGAGUUGGGCACGGGACCCCAAUGCCCCAGGAGCACUGCCCGGCACCGCUGCCUCUCAAAACGCGCUGGACGGGGUUAGCUUCUCGCACCUUUCCAUCGAAGAGGGGGGCAUCGCAAGCCUGGAUGAAAACCUCAGACUGGCACUGGCAGCCACACAACGUUGCAGCCACUACCUGGACCAGCUCCUCGAGUGGAUUGAGAAGCACUUCAGGGAGAGCGCGGAAAAGGGGAGCCCGUCCCCUAAAAGGAGGCGAACUGAACAAGCCUCGAGCAGCGAUUGCGUACCACGCUUUCAGCCAGCCGUGAAGGACGAAUGGAAACCUCCGAGCACCAAUCAAAGCACAGACUUGAAGCUGGGGGGGAACCCCCAACAUCCAGCAGUACCUGCACCAGCCCGUGAUGGCCGGCAACACGAUCCUGGACUACCCCAAGGAGCCAAACGGAGCCCUGAACCAGGGGCAGCACCCUACAAUAUUUUGCGAGCUCAGCAGAUCUUGGAGGGAGUCAUGCCCUUCACCGAGCAGCAGGUGGCAUCAACACUUCAAGAAGUCCACUCGCUACUGUCACAAUGGACGGAAGCCUUGUGGGGAGAACCCAUUGUUCUCACGGAUGGUCUGGGCAGCGCAGGGCCGGACCAAACUGGAACGGUGGGUGCACUGCCGACUGCAGAACUGGCCCCAACUCUGCCGGCCGAGCCCAGCGACGAGGAGACAGUUUCGGUCAGCUCGCAUCGACGCAGACGAGCGCAUGCAGCCUUCGACGGGGAUUAA